UGCCGGCGCCUCAAUCUGGUGCUGCGCCUCCUUCUUCUUCCUCUCAUCCUCAAAGCGAGCAAGCAAGUCUUCCAACCGGCCCAUCCCGCCACGUCACCAGCAUGCGUCCAUCUUUUCGCCUCCUGAGCCAGGCCGCAAAAACGCCAACGCGUUCCUCCUCCAUCGGCUUCAUCGGCCUGGGAGCCAUGGGCCGGGAAAUGGCUCACCACCUCGUCACAAAGACGCUCGCUGAACGAACACAACAAGGUCGUCCCACCAGCUUCGUCGUCUGCGAUUCCGAUCACGCGACCGUAACACGCUUCAUCGAUGGUCACUCGUCUCAAAUAGCAGCCAAGGCAGGUCACACCUUGGUCCCAACAGCUCAGCCGAGCAGUGUAGCCAAGCUAUGCGGUACUGUGGUGACUAUGCUUCCCUCUAGUCCGCAGGUGAGGGACGUCUAUUUGGGAGAAGGAGGAAUCAUGGCUGGUCUGCAGGACGCAAGUCCUACUGCGCAGGAGGACGGGACACUGCUCAUCGACUGCACGACGUGCGAUCGCGCUACGGGAGUCGAGGUGGCCGCCAAGAUGGGCGAGACGUACGGACCCUCAUCGGGACCAAGCUCAGCGGUGACCAUGCUCGAUGCUCCCGUCUCUGGCGGAGUAUCAGGAGCCGCUGCUGCCACUCUCACCUUCCUUGUCGGCUCCAAUAACACCGCAGCAUUCGAGCAGGCGAGAGACGCAGUGCUGAGCAAGAUGGGUGCACGAGCUAUUCACUGCGGGCCGAAUGGCGCUGGGUUGACUGCCAAGAUUGCCAACAAUCUCGUCCUCGGGGCAACCAUGCUUGCUACGGCUGAGGCAAUGGCGCUUGGUGUCAAGGGAGGAUUGAGCGCUGAACUUCUCGCGCACGUCCUCAACACCUCAACUGGUCGCUCUUGGUCGUCCGAAGUGAACAAUCCCGCUCCAGGCGCCCUGCGUGGCACCAAGCAUUCACCACCAGCAGACCGUCAUUGGGAAGGCGGAUUUGCUGCUCGUCUUCAAGCAAAGGACCUCCGUCUUGCCCUCGCCGCAGCCGAGGAUGUGGGUCUCUUGGUACCGAUGGCUACCAUGGCUAGCAAGAUCUAUGACAGGAUGGAAUCGAUGGACGAGUACAAAUUCAAAGACUUCAGCGUGGCGUUCAAGGCACUGCUGGAUUCGGCGGAGGCAGCUCAGGCGGAGAAGAGGGAAGCUGCGGCUGCGAGGGAGAAGGCGGGAGUGGCGGUGUAGGAGCGUGAUUCUUCAGGGUACGAAAGGGAAAGAAAGCGCAGCCAAUGGACAUACCCCAGGAGGGUGCAUGAGAGACAGGCGCAUAGCGCGAUAUAUUGUUACAUGACCGUAGUGGACGAGCACCGCAAUAUCCAUCAAACCUAGCAUCACAUCCAACUUGUCAUUCCUUCUUCUUCCGUCCCUCCCUUCAUACAAUCCCAGUCAGAUCCCGUGCCUGAUAUCUUUCUCCCUUACUCUCUUUACUUUUCAAUUCCGUGACGUCUCUCUCCCAUCCUUCAUUCUCUCCCCCUCCUCACCCGCCUACCUGAGCAGCGCCCUCGCCCUCAACACAAGUGCAGGAGGGAAAGCCCUCUCC